CGGGACCGUCAGUAGCCCAGCGCCACUCGGCGAAGUGCGUCCACCCUGUCCAAUCCCCGCCAAAGCUACACGUCGUGUGCUCCACUGGUGGUGGUCCUAUCGUGUGUUCUCGUCCUCGGGACGGUCCACGCGCGAUAUCCUCCGGAUAUUGUCACAUCCCCCGGCCGGUCGGCUACGUGACUUUUUCUUAUUUUUCCCCAAAACCGUCAAGUGCUCCUUUUCAAGUAUUCUUCACGCUCACAAUGUAAGGAUCAUUCCCUCGGGGCUGAUUCCAAUUUGGACCGUCCGUACGGUCUCUUCCCCAGAGUUUCCCCGUUAAUGAUCCACAACUGUUACCCUACUCCUACGUCGUCGAGAGAUGCCGGUUGAACAUCGACGUUUCUCGUAGCAAAUUAGUCAUUCACCGGGACAUAAAUUGGGAACGUCCGCCGUUUGAGUGCAGUUUCCGUAGGCAUUUAUAGCGGCCUCAUUUUCACGACGAUAUUCCGCCUUUUGUUCGUUAAUUUUUAAGUGACGUUUACACUUGCGCCUAUAGUUAUUUCUCUCAAAUUUAUUUUCGAUUUUGUCAACAUUUCCAAAAAUAGAACAAUUAAAAAUAUACACCGAGCGUUCGGCUGUGACCCCAAGCUUUGCGGUUGUCUAAAGAAGGGUUAAGCUGAAAACUCAACUUUUUUAUUUCAAAUUUAGGAAACAUGAACGAUUGUAGAGUAUAAACGCAUUCGCAUGAAGAAGCGCGUGUUGUCGAAUUUAUUCGUGUAACCCCGCGCACGUUACAUCACCGCGGCGCGAUGGAUUUUUCGGCUUUUUUCGAAUUUAUUGCGAGUCCCUUUCCAACGAGCUUCGCGUAAUCCGUCGAACAGACGACGAAUGCGCGUGAGAAUCGCGAGAGAGAGGGCAGAAACGUGUGUUCGUCUAGUUGUUUUUUCUCCGCGGUCGGUGGUUUGCAAUCGACGAUUUUGGGAUUUGUUUGAACAAUACGGGAGAGAAAGGAACGAUUCGCUCUCUUGGAACGUGAAAUUCUCUCGCUGCUCGCGUCCCUUUACGAGCAUCGGUGUCUCUCCCCGCGCGCGUCGUCGCGAUCCAGUUUACGUUCGCGACCGAUGCGAAUCACACCAUACGAAAAGUCGUUAAAGUCGAUACAUGCGCUGCGACCCAAGAUCGGCCGAAGUUGGAGAGUUUCGUGAUGCAGUGAUCCGGAGGGACGGUGGUGCGCUUGCCUCUCAUCCCACGAAAGAAAUGGACAAGGAUAGGCAUGCACAAGGUGCCACGGGGUCUUGCGCGCUUCUUCGCGGACGAGAAGACCGACAGCGAGGAUCUCGACAGCGUAAAGUCGUAGUAGUCGAGACUUUUGACGAUGUCUAGACCAGGCAAGGACCCCGUGCAGAAGUGCCACUCGGAUCCGGGCGCGGCGAGCACUUCGUGCAGCCCCAGCAAGCGUGUUUCGCGGCGAGUGCCGUGCAUUCCGUCCUCGCCAAACACGCGCAAAUGCGUUCUAACGUUGGACGGAUAUAGCUACGUGAUCGUUGCAUCCCCGCCGGACAGACGAGUCACGAGGGAUGAUAUCGGCGUGGCCUCGGCCGGUGCAGCGGCAAACGCGAACAAUGCGGCCGCUAUCGGCUGCGCGUCGUCGUCGUCGUCGUCGUCGUCCUCGAGACCGCGCAAUUCAUCCUCCUCGCCCGGACGCAACGGCCAACUCUCCAAGCAAGGCACUUUGACGAUAGUACGCCGAAGCUCCGGCAAAAGCAAAACCGGCGGGAGUUUAGAAAGUUCCCCGCCGCCGCACAAUCCCGACACCCCGACGUAUCAAUCCGUCGACCUCGACGAUUCGAUUCUCGAUAAUGUCGAUCUCACGACGGACUCGCUUCCUGCCGUUGACACCCCCGACGCUUGCGACAAAGCUGCUCUCAGAUUGAGGUGUUUAUUGAGGCAGCUACAACAUGGGGAAAUAUCCGCCGAACUGCUCCAACGAAACUUGCACUACGCAGCCCGCGUACUCGAGGCUGUUUUCAUCGACGAGACCAAGGUGAGUUCAGGCGGGAAUGAGUGCGCUCGGUCAUCACGUAGGGGGGCGGGACUGACGUCUUCAUCCGGCGGAUUGGACUCGGACGGACCACAGAGCCACGCGGUGGUAACCCAGAAACGGAAGCUUCGCACCCCCGUAUGGGCAAGGCGAUUGGCGGACGAGGAUGACGAGCUGUCGGAGGUGCAGCCGGACGCGGUGCCGCCGGAAGUGCGCGAAUGGUUGGCGUCGACUUUCACCAGGCAGCUGGCCACCACCAGGCGGAAGGCCGACGAGAAGCCGAAAUUCCGCUCGGUCGCUCACGCCAUCCGGGCGGGCAUAUUCGUCGAUCGGAUCUACAGGAGGGUCACGAACACCGCCCUCAUGCAAUUUCCGUCGGAAGUCGUGAAAGUUCUUAAGACUCUGGACGACUGGUCGUUCGACGUGUUUUCCCUGAGCGAGGCCGCUUUGGGCAUGCCGGUGAAAUACCUGGGCUACGAUCUCCUCAAUCGAUACGGUAUGAUUCACAAGUUUAAAGUACCGCCCGCAGUUUUGGAGGGCUUCCUCGGCAGAAUUGAAGAGGGUUAUUGCAGGCAUCGAAAUCCGUACCACAACAAUCUACACGCCGCCGACGUCGCACAAACGAUGCAUUACAUCCUGUGUCAAACGGGCUUGAUGAAUUGGCUGACCGAUCUCGAGAUCUUCGCCACUCUCGUGGCGGCGAUUAUUCACGACUACGAGCACACUGGGACCACAAACAAUUUCCACGUGAUGUCUGGCAGCGAAACCGCCCUUCUUUAUAAUGAUCGUGCCGUGCUGGAAAAUCAUCACAUUUCCGCCAGUUUUCGGAUACUGCGAGAAGACGAGUGCAACAUAUUGCAGAACUUGUCGCGCGAGGAAUUCCGAGAAUUUCGAUCGCUCGUGAUAGACAUGGUUCUUGCGACCGACAUGAGUUUUCACUUUCAGCAGCUCAAGAACAUGAAGAAUCUGCUGAGUUUGGCCGAGCCGAGUGUGGAUAAGAGCAAAGCCGUCAGUUUGGUUCUUCACUGUUGCGACAUCUCGCAUCCCGCUAAGAGAUGGGAUCUUCAUCACAGAUGGACGAUGCAACUUCUCGAGGAGUUCUUCAGACAGGGUGACAAGGAAAGGGAGCUCGGAUUGCCGUUUUCUCCUCUAUGCGACCGCAAUAACACGCUCGUAGCUGAAUCUCAAAUAGGAUUCAUAGAAUUCAUUGUCGAGCCUAGUAUGCAAGUAUGCAGCGACAUGUUGGAGACCGUUCUCGCGCCGCUUAAUGUCAAGGACACCACGGACGAGUCCAACAAUGAUUCGGCGGAGAGCAAGAGGUUCAAAAUCGGAAAACCCUGGACCGUGUGUCUCGCGGAAAACAAGAAGAUCUGGAAGGAGCAGGCGGUUCGAGAUGCGGAAGCCAAAGCACAAAAGGAGCAAGAACAAAAAGCCAGCGGUAAUCACGAGGACGGCGGGGGGGCGCAAGCCCCGGCCGAAGAAUGAAAGAUACAACGGGCAAUCGGAUUCUUUAGGAAUCUUUGCAACUUUCGACUACGGAGAAGCACGUGAUUUCGCAUCGGGGUGGAACGAGAUACACCCUGAGUAUAUAUAUAAAAAAAAAAAAAAAGUUCACAGACUCUUUAUUACGCUUACGAGUGAGAAGCAAAUGAGAGUAGUACAAAUAGACGUAUAUGUAUGUAUCACAUACACACGUUUUAGACGAGUGGGAACGACGAUAUACACAUGUUGCGGAUAUAUAGUAUUGGUCGAAUUGUAUACACGUGUUUGUCCCGCUUGCUCCUGUAGAAUAAUUUGUAGAACUACUCUUCAACUGAUUAUUUUCUACACAGCUCAAUACACAGGAUCACACUUGAUCUCAUUAGUUACGGCUCUUUACGAGAUGAUAAUCACCGUUGAUGUUGCGACGUUGUUGAACGUGUUCUUUGUGCAGUUUCAAAAAAAAAAACCAAAAAAGUUUUGUCCGUUAUGUUUCGCGUCACUUCGUGACGCGUUUUGAAGGUAAAGUAGUUUUGAAUUCGAUACGAUAUAUUUUAAAUAUUAUCUACGUCUUAUAUAAAAAAUACAUAAAUAUUUAUAAACAAAAAUAAAAACUUACAAUAUAUAUUAUAAUAAUUGGAUUUGUGGACGUGUGGAUGGAAUAAUGUGUACCACCGAGUGUCCUUACAACUGAACAACGUGAGAAUUAAAUGUGUAAAGCCUAAAAUUGUAAAAAUAAUGCGCGAAGGAAACGCGUAAUUUGUAAAAAGAAAGGAUGAAAUAUUGUCGGAGCACAAGCAAUUGUAGAAAGUGAGAGGAAAACUUUAUAUAGUUUACAUUAAUCAGCAGGACGAUUGUGUAUUGAUAUGAUACACUGAGAAUCGCGUUGAAAGUAACUGACUGUUCCAAAUAGCAUAUUCUCUGAAAUAUUAUUCAACAUCCAAGAUCUGUUCUAAUAAUGAUUAUCGACGGUGAUUAUGAACACAUAAGAUUUAUAUAUACAUAUAUAUAUACCGAAUAAGAGAGAAUCUCAAAAACUUUAAUUUAUUUUUUAACAGUUUCUCAACAAGCAUCGCACAAGGUGAAUAUUGCACAAGAAUUUUGCGUUUUUAUAAACAAUUAUUUUUGUUUUAACAUAUGUAAACACAAAAAAAAAGAACAGCUUCCGCGAGUAAAACCGGGAGCCCGCAAACUCUGGACGUGGUUUUUGCAAUGCAAAAUUUAUUUCCAAACGAGUCUCUCGAGAAAUCGGGACUGCGAAUCUCUCUCGUUCAAGUGUUUAUUGAUUAAUCGCGGAACAGCAUUCAUAGAAGAGCAAAACGUUCUUGUACAUACCGUUCGUUAGAUGUGUAUCUGUAUACAUGUACGCACUGGUACAGGUUUGAUGUGUAUGUGUGUGUGUGUGUGCGUGUGUGCGUACGCGCGUGCAUGUAUGUAUGUAUGUACGUAAUGUAUAAAAAAAAACAGCAAAUUACAAGAUAAGUUAGCGUUUAAUCAACGUGCGCUACGUAUAUUCGCUCCGUAUAUUAUAUGUGUAUAUAUAUUUAUUUAUAUAUAUGUAUAUAUAUACAUAUAUAUGUAUCUAUAUGCACAGAAAGAAAACAAAUGCGAGAGAAUGUUAUUUUGGAUUUCGCGCGGUCGUGGAAUUGCGCGUGUGGCGACGCGCGUGGCGACGCGCGCGUCAGUACUCCAAGUGCGCACUUGCGUAAUCCGGAGAUUUCAAUCGGACCCAUUUUUCAAGCGACGCGAUGGUCGCAAAAUGACAUGACGAUGCGUGUAUUUCAAACAAUACAAGUUAUAUUGAUGUUACGUAAAAAAAACUUAUAAAAGAAAUAAUCUCAUGAGUCAAUGAUCUUAUAAAUCUUAAAUAAAAAUUAAUGGCAAAUCGCACAAUGUACGUGACCGUUGAUUGAGUUGGCAUUAAAUAAAUUAUUUAGUCACGCCUAGCCUCAAGGUUGUAAUUAAACAUAUCCAUGCGCGUCGCGAUACGCGCGUAAAAUAUUUAUUAAUUCGAUGUAGCACGUCUCAUUAAAACAUAUAUAUCGACUAUCUGCACACCAUAUAUUCUACCAUGUCACGUGCUUACGGUGAUCGAAGUUCAGUGAAUAAUUUUCGUUUUUCGUUUCGCUACUUUUUAUAUCUCACGCUCACGUGAGAUAUAUCUCGCGCUUUAUAUCUCGCGCUCACGUGAGACCUUGCCGUUUUAUUGCAGAUUUCUCUCAAACAUCGCAGGAAAAUUUAAUAAUAUAAAUGUAAAAAAGUGUAUCUAUAUUUUUUUAACAAGAAAAGCAAACGCAAUCAAAUUUAUUUUCACCACAAGCAGAGUUUCUCAAAUUGUACAGACCGGAAUAGAUUUGUUCUUAAUUGUUCAUUAGAUGUGUAUAAAAACAAAAACAUCGUAAAAUGACUGAGUAUGAUAUUCUCGCUGGCUUGAAAAAUUGACUCCGAUUCUCUGUGUACAUUGAUGGUUCGUUAAUUGUUCUUAAUUAGGUUCGCGUGCACCGAGUAACUGUUGAUUAAGGUCGGUGGUGUACGUAGCAAUAAUUUGCGGCUCUAUGAACCGUUAAAAAUAUCGCAUAAAAUAGACCACAGACAUAGAAGAUUUUUCAAAUAAAACUGUUUUAUCGCGUCGCAGAAAAAUAUAUAUAUACAUAUAUAUAUAUAUAUAUAUAUCGAUAUAUAUAUAGACAAGAUAUCUCUCGCUAGUCUUGAGGUUAAACACAUAUCCGUCCUGUAUUAUUUAUUUAAUUCCCCUCAUUCUAUAUGCAUGAAUCCGCGUUGCUAUCGAGUACACGAUACAACACAAUUUUUUUUUUUUUUUUUUUUUUUUAUAUUUCAGGUUGAUUUUCUCUGAAACACGAAUAAGGAGAAGAUAUUCUCGGUCCUUAUACAUGUCGCUAUUGUUUCGCCUGUGAUAGUGUAAACAGCUUUGUGACAGUUUCUGUAUAGAGAUAGCGAACCAGAAUUCAAUGCGUUUGUCAUAUCGUAUCUAUAUUAUGUGUGCAUGUAUUUAUGUAUGUAUGUAUGUAUGUAUGCGUAUAUGAGAGUGAGAGAGAGAGAGAGAAUCAACCUAAAAUAUAACAAAAGCAGUACUUGCUUAUCUUAUCUUAUUUGAACAUGACAUGAACUGUAGCGUGGCCUGAUUUUUAAGGCGAAAACUAAAUCAAAAACUUAGCAUAGAAAGUUUACGAACAGUCCGUCACAAAUUCGAACAUAUUAAUCGCUACGCUCUAAAAGUUUCUCUUGUAUUAUCUGAUUUGUCUUUCUCAAUGCAAGUACACAGAUUAUUCGAAAGAUUGAAACGAGAAACAAACACUUUAGUGAUUACUUCGUUUCCGAUCGCGAAUAUCGGCGGUAAAACGUCGUGAAAUUAGCUUAAAUUGUUUCACAAGAAUCAAACUACGUUAGUUGCUACGAAUCGGUCGUAUAUAAUAGUUGUACAAUUGAAUUUUUCUUCCUGCAGCGGACGAGGGGCCAAAACGCGUGAUAGAAACUAAAGUACAUUAAAAAAAAACUACAACUUUAUUAAGAGAAUUUAUCGAUCAGUCACGUGAAUACAAAAAAAAAAAAUCGAUUGAUUAUAAAACAAAUUAUAUUGGUCAGAAAGUUAUUUGUUCGCGAGAUGUUCGUUUUUGGCGAAUAAAAACGUCAAAAAUCACAUUGUCGAAACUUGCGGAUACGGAAGGAGGACUGAGCGCGCUGCUGUGCGUUUCAGCCGCUCGUUUAUUCACGUGGCUCGGUCAUGUUUAAUUAUCUAAAGCUCUCUUUAAAAUAACUGGCCUUUCCUUACGAUAUGCGCGUUAAGAGACCAUUUAAAUUUGAAAAAAAAAAAAAAAAAGAGAAAUAGUCAAACGCAGCGCCAGACUUUAGCGGUGCCGCAUGCACGUUAUUAAUUACGCUUAAAAUAACAAAGCACUUUUCAAACAAGUUCGUAACAUGCGAAUUAUAUAUAAUUCUUCAUUGGGCGGAUUUGCCGGGAGAAACGCCGAUCAGAAACGCUGCAAAAAUCGUUCGGAACGAACAAAACGGGAUUUUAACAAAUACUCGACCAAUAACUGUUAAUUCUUAAGCUAAAAGUACACACAUACACACACG